UGCGGUGAUACUGCCCGGCCGCGGGAGGCGCUGUAGGCGGGAUUGUCUCCAGGUCGCUGUCGGGGCCGAUGGCUGGUCUUCUGGUCGGUGGAGCACGGAGGAGCUGUCGAGGCCUGUUCCAAACGUUGCAAAUUGGAAUACGGACAAUGUCUGCUGCUGUGGCCUCAUACGAUUUUGAGACUCUGCAUGUCUCGCAACCAAGAGACAGUGUGCUGCAUGUGGAAUUGAACAGACCUAACAAGAGGAAUGCAAUGAAUCAUACCCUUUGGAGAGAGAUGGUGGAAUGCUUUAACAAAAUCACACAUGACCCUGAUCACAGAGUAGUUGUUGUAUCAGGAGCUGGAAAAAUGUUUACUGCAGGAAUUGAUCUGAUGGACAUGGCUGGACAAGUAUUGCAGCCUACAGGAGAUGAUGCAGCAAGGAAAGCCUGGCACUUAAGGAACAAGAUCCUCCAAUAUCAGGAGAGCUUUAACGUGAUAGAAAAGUGUCCUAAGCCAGUGAUUGCAGCAGUUCAUAAUGCGUGCAUUGGAGGAGGUGUAGAUUUGAUUACAGCCUGUGACAUACGGCUAUGCUCGCAGGAUGCCUGGUUCCAGGUGAAGGAGGUGGACAUUGGAAUGGCAGCUGAUGUAGGAACUUUGCAGCGACUGCCCAAAAUUAUAGGAAGUGCCAGUCUAAUGAGCGAACUGGUAUAUACAGCGAGGCAGUUGAUGGCAGACGAAGCACUGAGCUGUGGUCUGGUGAGCCGAGUCUUUGAAGACAAAGAAGCCAUGUUGGAAGGUGCCUUCGAGAUGGCAUCUGAGAUAGCCAGUAAGAGCCCAUUGGCAGUACAAGGAACCAAGCUGAACCUGAUUUAUUCAAGAGACCACCCUGUUAAGGACGGUUUGAACUAUAUUGCCACAUGGAACAUGUCAAUGUUACAAACAGAUGACCUUAUAAAGUCAGCCCAGGCUGCAAUGGAGAAAAAGUCCCCCAAAGAUGUGCCUUACUCCAAAUUGUGAUGGAAAAAAGUUUCAAUAUACCUGUUCUCAAUUUGCGCUAAUAAUUCCUCUAAUUCUGAUGAUUUUGAAAGCAAAUAAACUCAUAGAACAUUGCCUACAAAAAUGUUAUUUACAAUGUAGAUGUUAUCAAAUCAUUUUUACAUUCUGUGAUUUUUAUUUGCCAUCAUUUUCAGCUUUUGAUUUGUAAAUCCACCAGUGUAAUCAUGUAAUCACAAUAAUCAUUAUGGGGAGAUGGAGGCAUAGUGGUAAUGUCACUGACUAGAAAUCCGGGGAAAAUGGUUUCAAGUCUUACCACGGCAGCAGGAAUGGAAUUUAAAUUCAAUCAAUGAAUUUUGGAAUUAAAAAGAUAUGAUCACCAUUA